CUAGUCCCUUUAUUGCAUACCGGAGUAUAUAACGCGGGGCAUCUCUACCACUAUACAAACUUCACCUACACCCUCAAUCCCCUCUACAUCAACCACAAUGGAAGACCUUAAACCUUUCGAAAACCCCAGCAUCGACCCCCCCGCCCUAACAGCCCUCGAAUCCUCCCCCUCCGUGCUCUUCCCAUCCUUCACCUCCAACAUAGCCUGGUCCCUAGGCCUCGCCCUCCGCACCCGAAUCCUCUCCCUCCCCCCCGACCAGCGCAAGCCCGCAUUGAUCAGCAUCUCGCUCUCCUCCACACCGUCCUUCGACACCCCCGGCAGCGGCCAGGCACAACCACACGUUAUCUUCCAAUGCGCGACGGAGCCCGGCACCGUGUCUGAUAAUGAGGUGUGGGUAAGGCGGAAGAGGAAUACGGUGCUUAGGUGGGGGGUUAGCAGUUGGUUGAUGCGGUGUAAGAUGCUGGGGCAGAGUAGUACGACGGAUGUGGAGGGGGCUUUUGUGAGGAAGUUUGCGUUGAGGAGUUCGUGUGGGGGGUUUGCGGCGGAUGAGUAUGCAAUUCAUGGGGGUGGGUUUCCGGUGAGGGUGAAGGGGGUUGAUGGGGUGGUUGGGGUUAUUGUGGUUAGUGGGUUAAAGCAGGAGCAUGAUCAUCAGGUUGUUGUUGAGGUCGUGCAGGAUUUUAUUGCCAAUUUGGGGCCUGCAUAGACUACAAUAUAAACACGACAGGCAUGGGAGAACAAUGUAUCAUGCAAUUCUAUGCAACUAUAACUGAAAGCAAAACUCCAUUAAAAGAAAACCCCGAUAAUUUUACAGUUCGUCAUGUCCGCUGGGCUCCUCAUCCUCUUCGGGUGCGGCGCCGCCGUACAGCUUGCUGGUGAUCGGGUAAGCAACGUUCGAGAGCUGCUCCUUUUGCUCCUCAAAGUCCUCGGUGGAAGCGGUGGCGGCCCUCGUCAAUGCGACCACCCAGGCCCUUGUCGUCGCUGACCUGGUUCUUC